UCUUGUUCUACAAGCCGGGGCCAGAGCAGGUCCACUCCCCUCUGCAGCAGACAGUUUACCUUGGAUCAGCUGAUUAAGGCAGCUGGAUACACAAUCAAUCGCCCUCCGGUAUUUCCAAACUCACCUUUCAACCUGCUGAAGCGGAGUCUGGUGCGGGGCUUGCCACCAUGAAAACAAUUAUUGCAGCCUGUUCCCAAAAUCUUAGUGGCAGCCGUGCCAGCAUCCAGACCGCCCUGCGCACCCUGCUCACAGCACCCUGGCCCUCGCAGCGGGACCUCCGCUCCUGGCUCCAGCUCCUCUCUGUCCUGCAGUGGGUGCUCAGCUUCCUGCUGCUGGGAACAGUCAGCCUGCUGCUCCUCAUCUACCUGGUGUUCACCAGCUUCUGGCCCAUCUCUGCGCUCUACCUGGCCUGGAUCAUCUACGACUGGGACACACCAGAGAAAGGUGGCAGGAGGCUGCCGUGCCUGCGGCGAUGGCCUGUGUGGAGGCACUUUCGGGAUUAUUUCCCUGUGAAGCUGGUGAAGACGCACGACCUGUCCCCCAGCCACAACUACAUCAUCGGCUCCCACCCCCAUGGCAUCCUCUGCGUCGGCGCCUUCUGCAACUUCAUCACGGGCUCGACAGGCUUCGGGGAGAUGUUCCCAGGCAUCCGGCCCUUCCUCACCACCCUGGCCGGCAACUUUCGCCUGCCCAUCUUCAGGGAGUACCUGAUGAGUGGGGGCCUGUGCCCAGUGACACGCCGUGCCAUUGGGUACCUGCUCUCCAAGAAUGGCACCGGCAACGCGGUGGCCAUCGUCAUUGGCGGCGCAGCUGAGUCGCUCUCCUGCCGUCCCGGUGUCACCACACUCAUCCUGAAGAAGCGCAAGGGCUUUGUCCGCAUGGCCCUGCAGCAUGGGGCCUACCUUGUCCCCUCCUUCUCCUUUGGGGAGAAUGACCUCUUCCGCCAGGUGGUCUUUGAGGAAGGCAGCUGGAUGAGGAGCAUUCAGCAGCGCUUCCAGAAGAUGAUGGGCUUUGCUCCCUGCGUCUUCUAUGGCCGGGGCCUCACCUCCGUCCGGUCCCGGGGUUUCCUCCCCUAUGCCAGACCCAUCACCACCGUGGUGGGGGAGCCGGUGAUGGUGCCCAAGAUCGAGGACCCAAGCUGCGAGAUGGUGGACAUGUACCACGAGAUGUACAUCCGCUCCCUGCUCAAGCUCUUCAAUGAGAACAAGACCAAGUACGGGCUGUCGGAGACGGACGAGCUGCACAUCCUCUGAGCAUGGCCAGCGCCGGUGGCCAGAUCCUGGCUCACAAGGGCAGCCAGCUCUUGCGGGUGGGGAUUUCAGCCAGCCUGGCCUGGGGGACUCAUGGGGGACGGUUGCCACUCCAGCCCUCUGCUUCUCCAUCUGAAAAACCUGAGCAGGAGGUGGGAGGAGGCAAGGGGAAGGGAAGAUUGGGGGCCCGCCUUGAAAGGGGUUUGGAGGGGCUGUGGGUGACACAGCCGUCCCCUGAGGAUGUGGGGCUGAUGGGGAGAGCUGGUGCAAGGCUGGGGGCCAGCAAUGGCCGUGGUCCCCCCAUGAUAAGCAGGACACCACAAGCUGAGGGAGGGGGGUGUCAUGGGAGGAGGGAAUUAGAUGGGCUCCUUGGGGUGGCAUCCCAAUAGCAACCGGGAACCAGGCUGGGGAGACAUCCUCCCCUGGAGUGAAUCGGGGACACUCCCAGAUUUGGGCACCCUUGGAAGUGGCCUCAGCCAGGACCGUGUGGUCCUGAGCAAGGGGUGGGCGCUGCUCUGGCCACAGUUGAGCCUUUUCCGCUCCCUCUAUACCCAAUACAGAUUUCCAACCAC